AUGAAGGCAGCAAAUUUCCCUCUCCCACCACUUCAGGGGGUAGAUUGGGAUCACCUAGGAUUUGAACCUGUUGAAGUCAAUGGCCAUGUCGAAUGCACCUUUUCAAGCAAGACAGGCAGCUGGACAGAACCAGUAUUCGUUGCCAAUCCAUAUCUUCCAAUCCAUGGCCUUGCACCAGGCUUGAACUAUGGGCAACAAAUCUUCGAAGGAAUGAAGGCCUUUCGAAAUCCGUCUGGAGAAGUUCAAUUAUUUCGACCUGAUCAAAAUGCUCUGCGGUUUGCACGCUCUGCCCGUUGUGUCUCCAUUCCACCGGUACCUACCGAUUUGUUUCAGCGAGCUGUAAACAUCGCAGUUGGCAUGAAUACAGAGUACGUACCGCCUCACAGCACAGGAGCGUCAUUGUACAUACGACCCAUAGCAUUCGCCUCAAGCCCGACUGUGGGGCUGUUCCUAGCGACUCAAUUCAUGUUCUGCGUGUACGUACUGCCUGUGGCGCCUCUUCACGGCAAGGGCAUCGACAAAGGGGCCGACGUGCUCGUGAUCGAGGAUUUUGACCGUGCAGCUCCCCUAGGCACAGGAAGCGUGAAAGUGGGAGGCAAUUACGGACCUGUGCUAGGAUUGAUUGACGAUGCAAAAAAGCAAGGGUUCAAUCUUACCUUACAUCUUGACUCUCUCAGCCACAGUUUGAUCGAUGAGUUCUCCACGAGCGGAUUCAUCGGCGUAUUGAACGAUGGUGAAGUUCCAAUACUUGUGGUAUCAGACAGCCAGCAGGUCGUGCCAAGUAUAACCGUCGACAGUAUCUGCGAGGUGGCGAGAGCGUUCGACUGGCAUGUUGAAAGGCGACCUAUCUCUUUUUCGGAAGUGGCUCGGUUCUCGGAGGUGUAUGCCGCUGGCACCGCCGCGGUUCUGGUACCCAUAGGAUCGAUACUUCAGCGGUCAACUGGCGAACAUAUCAUAUAUCCCGUUGAGUACUCAUCCUCGAAAUCUUGCUUUUCACGAUUGUCCAAAGCGCUCCGAGACAUACAGCAAGGCCUGGUAUCCGACGAUAGAGGCUGGAUAAAGUUGGUCAGCAAGCCAUAG